GUCAUCUAUGAUCAACUAACUCGGCAGCGAAUUCUAUGGGAAGCACACGAAAGUCUUGGUCACCGUGGAGUGGAGGCAGUGUUUCAAGCUAUUAAGUUACGAUUCUAUUGGCCAGGGUUAUAUCAAGACGUGCAACAUCAUGUGCAGUCAUGCCAUCAAUGUCAGAUCCGUAGCACAAAGAAAGUGGAAGUACCACUGGCUAUUAGAGUUCCCACAACCAUAUUUACUCGUGUCUAUUUAGACAUCAUGUUCAUGCCUCCCGCACAAGGAUACAAGUUUAUUGUAGCUGCCCGAGACGAUCUUACUCAAGCAGCAGAAGGACGGGCGUUGCGACGAGCUGAUGCUUCGAGUAUUCGGAAAUUC